AUGGGACGAGUGACAACCGAAGGUAAUGUGUCUGGUGGAAAGUACGCCACCGCUGUUGUGGGCGCGGCGGAAGAAACCACAAAAGCCAGGGAGAAGUCGAUCGGUGACAAAGAUGCUCUGUAUUCUCACGAUGAGGAACAUCUCCCAACCAGUGUGCCUUCUGAGGAUCUGCCACAACACAAUUACAGACUGGAUGAUAGGGGAUUGCGAAACAUAGAAUACGUGUUUCUUUUCGUUAUGAUUCUUGCCCUGGUGACGAUUGUAGUGACCCUGGUAUUGGUAUUUGGUCUGCAAACAGGAGCAGACACAAUCAUUUACUUGCCUCGAAAUUCUCCUGUGAAAAGGGACCCAAACUCCGCUUCGCAGCAAUACGCAAGUGAUUGGCUUGGAAAGCUUGCAAACCGACAAAACCUGCCGGCCUGGAGACAACAUCAACUUUUCGCCCUGGCAGCAAUCUAUUAUGCUCUUGACGGGCCCAAUUGGUUGCAUGGUGUUGGACAUACUUGGCUAAACGAAUCUAGAUCAGAAUGUCUCUGGUUCUCAAGCUUGUAUGGCAGAUUUGAAGGCGGCUCCUACAUUGAGCAUUCCUACCAGAACACGUCCAAUGUCGUGCUCAGUGUUUGUAAUGAUGCAGGCAAAUAUCAAACCCUUGAUCUGCGAAGUGUCUUUGAUGGUACUCAUGUUGCUGACUUUCCAAAUGAAAUUGCUCUGCUCACAUCCCUAAAGUCCAUCUUUUUGGAAGGGGCCGGGGGAUUCAAGGAACCCUUCCAGUCCAUGUUGAAGCCAACCAUCCUGCACCUUGCAGGCUCUCUGGAGGCUUUGAGUCUACAAAACAGCAUGGUGCACGGGGAGAUCCCCUCUUUGAUUCAAAAACUGACCAAUCUGGGAGUGCUUGAUUUGAGUCAUAACAAACUUGGGCAAUCAAUCCCCCCGUUGAUUCGAAGACUGACCAAUCUGGAAGUGCUUGAUUUGAGUCACAACAAACUUGAGCAAAGGAUCCCCCCCUUGAUUGGAAAACUGACCAAUCUGGAAGUCCUUGAUUUGAGUCAUAACCACCUUGGGCAAGCUAUAUCAUCAGGAAUUGGUCUCCUGACAAAUCUCAAGUACCUGAAACUUGGGAACAACAGCUUUGUUGGACAACUCCCCUCACAGCUGGGUCUUCUCACAGCCCUGAAAACUCUAGAUGUGACAUCCAAUUUGCUGACAGGCCAGAUUCCUUUGGAGAUCACUACCUUGCAAUCAGAACACAGCUUGGAGGUGUUUUUGGCUGAUGGCAAUCAAUUUGAGUAA